AUGAUUAUCGGAUCUUUGAAUGUGAGAGGGGGAGGGAGUUUGGUAAAGAGAAGGAGGAUUAGUUCUAUCAUUUCUAGAGGUAUGGAUGAUAUUUUUGUCAUACAAGAAACUAAGAUAUGUCGUAUGGAGGAAGCCAUUGCCAAAAGCUUUUGGAGGAAGGAUUCCAUAGAAUACUCUUAUUCCAACUCGAUAGGGAGGUCUGGAGGUCUGUUAACGUUAUGGAAGGGAGAUUCGGUUACUGUUAUUAACAGUUUUUCUGGUAUAGGGUUUCUAGGGAUAAAAGCUUUGUGGCAGGGUGAUGUAUAUUAUGUGAUCAAUAUUUACUCUCCUUGUGAGCUUCAAAGGAAGGUGACUCUUUGGAGAACUCUUUUCGAUCUUAAAAGUGAAUAUGUGGAUGGUGAAUGGAUUUUGUGUGGUGACUUUAAUGCCAUAAAGAAUAGUAGGGAAAGGAUUGGGAGUUCGGUGAACGAAAAUGCCAAUGAGAUGAAAGCUUUCGGGGAUUUUAUCAAUAAUUGCAACUUAGUGGAUGUGCCUUGCAAAGGAAAAUGUUUCUCGUGGUAUAGUGGGGAUGGCUUGUCGAUGAGUAGGCUUGACCGUUUCCUCAUUUCGGAUUUUACUGUUAACAAGUGGGGUAUUGUGGGCCAAAGUAUAGGGGAGAGGGACGUUUCAGAUCAUUGCUCUGCUUGGAUAGUUAAGGAUAACGUUGUUUGGGUUCCAAAACAGUUCAAAGUCAAUAAUGAAUGGUUCAAUCUCAAUUCUUUCUUACCCUUUGUUGAAAAAUCUUGGAAAGAGGCAAUUGUCGAAGGGAGAAGUGAUUUUGUUCUCAAAGAAAAGUUUCGUAUUCUCAAAGGGAGACUCAAAUGGUGGAACGAAGAGGUGUUCGGGAAGAUAGAUUUGGAGAUUGAGGAGGAGGUGACGGAUUUGAAUAGGUGGGACUCUUUACUAUAG